GUGAUAUCAAGUUUCUUUUAUACAUUUUUAUCAAUCAUUUUUCUUUUAGUUUAUCAAAAUUUCCUAAAUAACAUAGAAAAAUGAUGAUAGUUGCUUGUCACAUAAUAUUUUUAUUAUUUUAAGAGAUUUAUUGAUUUAUUUGAAAGGCAGAUAUAUAUGUAUGUAUCUUCCAUCAUCUGGUUCACCCCCCCCCCCAAAUGGCCACUUCGACUGGGGCUGUGUCAAGCUGAAACUAGGAGCCUAGAGCUCUAUCCUGGCCUCCUCCAUGGGUCUCAGGGACACAUGUACUUGAACCAUCUUUCUCUGCCUUCCCAGGCACAUUAGCAGAGAGCUGGAUUGGAAGUAGAGUAUCUGGGACUGUAACUGGCACUCCAAUAUGGGAUGUCAGUGUUGUAGAUUGUGGCUUAACCUACUGUGCCACAAUGCCGUCCAGGUUCAUAUUUUUAAGGAUUUAUUCAUUUGAAAGGCAGCAUGAGGGAGAGAGACACACAUCUUCCACUUGCUGGUUCACUUCCCAGAUCCUUGCAACAGCCAAGGCUUGGCUAGGCUGAAGCCAGGAGCCAGUCACUCCAUCCAGGUCUCCCAUGAGAGUGGCAGGAACUCAAGUACUUGGGACAUCAUCUUCUGCUUCCCAGGUUCAUUACCAGGUAGCUAGACCAGAAGCAUGGAGUUUCUGUGAUUGGAACUGGCACACUGAUACAGAAUAUUGGUUUCCUAAGCAGUGACUGAAGCUGCUGAGCCACAAUGCCUGCCCUGGUUCAUAUUAUUUUUAAUGGUUACAUUAGAAUUACAUUGUGUGGCUAUGUCUUAAUUAUUUAUUUAUUUUUAAAUUUUUUGGUUUUUAAUUUUUAAGGUGGACAAAUUUCAUAUAUUUCAUAUAUACAGAUUUAGGAGCAUAGUAAUGCUUUCCACCCUACCCUCCCUUCCACCCAAUUCCUACCCUCUCUACUCCUUCCUUUCACAUUCUUUCUAUCAUAAUUGUUUAAUCAAUCUCAAAUUGAUAGGUAUCUUGGUUGUCUCUGCUUUUAAUGGUUUUAAGAGGUGUUGAGAUUAACAUUAUUGCAAAUGCAUCUUUGUGCAUUAGAAGGGUGAUUAUUGUGAUUGCUAUGCUAAAAUAAUUUCACAUUUGAAGUUUUGAUGUAUUUAGCAAAUAGACUGGACUUCCAUAAAUAGCCAGUUUAUACUUAUACUAUCAAUGUAUAAGAGAGCUCAUUUAUCUCUUGCUAAUUCUGAUUAUUUUCUAUCCUUUUAUCUGUAUCAGUGUGGUAGACAAUAAUUUAUGUGGCAUCAUUUUUAAUUAUAUUUCAGGAUUUACUAAUGAGGUUAACUCUUUUUAUGUUCUGUAUUAUGAAUAAUGAAUUGUAUAAUCAUUUUAAAAAUAUUUAUUUCUUGAAAAUCAGAGUUACAGAGAGAGAAGGAGAGAUAGAGCAGUCUUCUAUUGGCUGGUUCACUCUCCAAGUGGCAACAACAAAGCUAGGAGUCUGGGACUCCAUCUGGUUUUCCCAUGUAGGUGACAGGAUCCCAAACACUUGGGCCAUCAUCCACUGCUUUCCCGAGCAUCUUAGCUAGGAAUUGGAUCAGAAGUGGUGCAACCAAGACAUGAUUUGGUGCUCAUAUGAGAUGCUGGCAUGAUCUUACACAACAUUGGCCCUGAAUUGUCUGAUUCUUUACCUCACUUCCUUUCUUGUGGUAUUGAAUGAGUCAUAUUGAAUUAUGAAAUCCAUAUAUUAGAGAUAGUCAUCUAUCUUAUUUAUUGUAAAAUUUAUUUCUAGGGUUAUUAAAUUUGUUUUUGUUACUAAAUAUUGUUCUAUAGUCUGUUUUAUUUUUUCUCUUUCUGUCUUUGCUCACCCUUGCCAGCUAACAAUUUGAGGGUUUUCUCUGUCAUGUCUUUGGUGUUUCUAGUCUAGAAUCAGGUUUCAUAAUAGUAUUUGGUAACUCCUGUUGUGUAGUGAUAUUUGGGGGUUUUACCUUGUCUCUGAGCCACAUGGCCUACCUGCAUUCUAGGUGGUAUUUUCUCUCUGGUCCUGCAGCCCUUUUCUCCCUUUCUCCCUGUGCUUGCAGUCAGCUGUUCCCUCUAGCAGCAGGCAUGCAGUAGGUUUUUUUUUUAUUCCUUUCCAAUUGGUGAGUCUGGCUUUGGUCCACCAUCUCUCACAAGGCUCUUUUUGAUCUGCAUUAUCUCUUAGUAGUCAAACUACUGCUCCGACAGUGAUGAGGUUGGCAGGUUUAAAGUAGGGACCUCUUUAUAUAUGACAGCUAUGGAAAGCAUCUCUAAUUGAGACUUCUGGCUGUGUAAUCAUUAGCAUAAGCAUCAGCAUCCCUGUAAUUAAUAGGUGGGUAAGAAAUCUAUUUAAUCUCUUUAGAGAUGAUGGAACCAUAGUGUUUCCAUGGUCAGAAAUGUACAAAUGGUUGGACAGUGUUAAUUUCAUAUAGUGUGUUGGUUCAACAUGUGAGUUUUGGAAUUUAGAUCAGCUACUUACUAGAUCUGUUGUCUUAUGCAAGUUUUGAUUAUUUUUCCAGUAGCUUUAAUUUCUUCAGGAGUAAAAUGGUGAUUGUGUAAGUACAAAGAUAAUUGCCUGAGGAAUAAAUGAGUGUAUAUAUAUAAUACAUUUAGCUACUGCCUGCCACAUAGUUGAUGUUCAAUAAAUGUUAGAAUUUAUUGUUAUGAUUAAUCUUCAAGUGUAAGUAUCACCCUUUGGUAGCUCAGUUUUUUUCCUGGUACUAAAAUUUUUCUCUUUUAAAACCACAAUUGACUGUGAUAAAAUUGAACCAGUCAGAAAUAUUUGAACCCUGCUGUGAUAAUUUCAUGAAAACUCUACUACUCUGAAGCUUAGAUUUUUCAAUAUCUAAAAUGAGUGUCAUGAUUAAUAAAAUAAAACACAAAGAGUAACACAAUUCCUUGCAAAACAAAGAUCUGAAAAAUGUGGCAUGUGGGAAGCACAGUUCAUUUUUUAAAAUAUUUUUAUUAAGGUAUACAGGUUUCAUAUAUUUCAUUUUUUUAACUUUUAUUUAAUAAAUAUAAAUUUCCAAAGUACAGCUUAUGGAUUACAAUGCCUUCCCCCCAAUAACUUCCCUCCCACUCGCACCCCUCCCGUCUCCCGCUCCCUCUCCCAUUCCAUUCACAUCAAGAUUCAUUUUCAAUUAUCUUUAUAUACAGAAGAUCGAUUUAGUAUAUAUUAAGUAAAGAUUUCAACAGUUUGUACCCACACAGAAACACAAAGUGAAAAAUACUGCUUGAGUACUUGUUAUAGCAUUAAAUCAGAAUGUACAGCACAUUAAGGACAGAGAUCCUAAAUGAGGAGUAAGUGCACAGUGACUCCUGUUGUUGACUUAACAAAUUGACACUCCUGUUUAUGGCCUCAGUAAUCACCCUAGGCUCUUGUCAUGAGUUGCCAAGGCUAUGGAAGCCUUUUGAGUUCACCAACUCUGAUCAUAUUUAGACAAGGUCAUAAUCAAAGUGGAAGUUCUCUCCUCCCUUCAGAGAAAGGUACCUCCUUCUUUGAUGGCCCAUUAUUUCCAUUGGGUUCUCACUCACAGAGAUCUUUCAUUUAGGUCAUUUUUUUUGCCAGAGUGUCUUGGCUUUCCAUGCCUGAAAUACUCUCAUGGGCUCUUCAGCCAAAUCCGAAUGCCUUAAGGGCUGAUUCUGAGGCCAGAGUGCUGUUUAGGACAUCCGCCAUUCUAUGAGUCUGCUGUGUAUCUCGCUUCCCAUGUUGGAUCGCUCUCCCCUUUUUUAUUCUAUCAGUUAGUAUUAGCAGGCACUAGACUUGUUUAUGUGAUACCUUUGACUCUUGGACCGAUCAUUAUGAACAAUUGUGAACUGAAAUUGAUCACUUGGACUAGUGAGAUGGCAUUGGAUUUCCUUUGUUGUUUUUCUGGUAAAUUAUCUAUCUUCACAUUCUUUCCUAAUGAUGACUAUUUUCAUGUGUUUUUGUGUGUAGCAUAUUCUUAAGCAUCUUUUGUAUGGCUGGAUGUGUUGUGACAAAUUUUUUCAAUUUCUGUUCGUUAUGGAAGGUCUUUUUAAAAGAUUUAUUAUUUUAGUUAGUGGAGAGGUAGAGUUACAGACAGAGAGGGAGAGACUGGUUCACUCUUCAAAUGGCCACAACGGCUAGAGCUGGGGCAUCUGAAGCCAGGAAUCAGGAGCUUCUUCUGUGUCUCCCAUGUAGUUGCAGUGGCCCACACAUUUGGGCCAUUUUCUACUGCUUUUCCAGGCCACAGCAGAGAGCUGGAUUGGAAGAGGAGCAGCCUUGAUAUGAGCUGGCUUCUAUAUGGGAUGCUGGUGCCACAGAUGGAGGCGUAGCCUACCACACAACUGCGCUCUCUCCAUGGAAAAUGUUUAUUUCACCUUUAUUUGUAAGUUAAAGCUUUGCACAGUACUGCAUUCUGGGUUGACUUUUUUUUUUUUUUUUCUCUUAAGACAUGUGGAGAUCCAGUUUUCUCAGCAACAUUUGUUGAAGAGACUGUCUUUGCUUCAGGGAUUGAUUUUAGCUCCUUUGUCAAAGAUUAGUUGGUUGUAGAUACAUGGAUCGAUUUCUGGAGGGUUUAUUCUGUUCCAUUGGUCUACAUGUCUAUUUUGUGCCAGUACCAGACUGUUUUGAUUAUACCUGCCUUGUGGUAUGUCUUGAAAACUGGUAUUGUGAUGCCUCCAGCUUUGUUUUUAUUGAAUAAAAUUGCUUGAGCUAUUUGGAAUCUCUUGGGUUCCUUUAUAGAUUUUAGCAUUUUUUAUAGGUCUGAGAAGAUUGUUGCUGGUAUUUGGGAUAGCAUUCAAUCUGUAAAUUGUAGUAUGGACUCAUGAUAGACAUCACCAGAAAAGAUCUUCACAUUGACACAUUGUAGUCAAACUUUCAAUAGUAAAACAUAAAGAAAAGAUCCUAAAAUGUACACAAGAGAAAUGUCAGAUUACUUUCAGAGUAUCUCCAAUUAGAUAUACAGCUGACUUCUCAUCAGAAACCAUAGAGACAUGGAAAGAAUAGAGAGACAUGAGUUCUGUGUGCCUUGUGUUCUUGGAUGUCCCUUUCUUUUUCAAAUUAUGGAAGUUUUCUGUGUUUAUUUCACUGAAUAAGUCUUCUAAUCCAGUCUCUUUUUCUACACCUUCAAGAACUCAUAAGACCUAUAUGUUGGAUCAUUUGAUAGUAUCACAUAAAUCUCCAACACUGAUUUUAAUAUUUCUAAUAUUUUUGGUCUAACUGAAAAUUUCCAUAGAUUUGGCUUCUAGCUUGUAUACUCUUCUGCCUCACUAAGUUUAUUGGUAAGGCUCUCCAAUGUAUUUGAUAUAUUGAAUUCUUCAUUUCUAAUAUUUCAUUUUUUAGUUCUCUUCAAAAUCUCAUUUUUUUUUGGAAAAUUUUUCAUUUGCUUCAUGCAUGGAUUUCUUUAAUUUGUUAAUUUGCUUCUCAUUGCUUCUGAGUAAUCCUGUGAUUAAUAUUUUGAAUUCCAUUUCAAGCAUUUUAGCAAUCUCUUUAUCUACCUUUAUCUCUUUAUGUUCCUUUGUGGGGUCAUGUGGUCUUCCUUAUUCUUGGUUCUUGAUUUUCUGUAUUUAUUUUUAUGUAUUUGUGGAAAUACUUUUAUUUUUUUCCUCUGAUGGAUUUUAUCUUUAAACUAUGCCUCUGUGGCUUAGUGAGAUGUCUGCUCGUUCAGUGAAUACAUAGAUGUAUGUACUGGGUUUGGCCAGGGAACUCUGGUCAGUGCACCUGGGUGUAGUGAGCAUCUAGGGUUGCACCAAAGUUGGGCGUGGUAGAUCUCUUUUUAGCAGAAAGGAGAGUAUGGGCCGGCACCAUGGCUCACUUGGCUAAUCCUCUGCCUGCGGCACCGGCACCCCGGGUUCUAGUCCCGGUUGGGGCAUUGGGUACUAGUCCCGGUUGCUCCUCUUCCAGUCCAGCUCUCUUCUAUGGCCUGGGAAAGCAGUGGAGGAUGGCCCAAGUGCUUGGCCUUGCACCCUCAUGGGAGACCAGGAGGAAGUACCCGGCUCCUGGCUUCGGAUUGGUGCAACGCCGGCCGUAGUGGCCAUUAGGGGAGUAAACCAAUGGAAGGAAGACCUUUCUCUCUGUCUCUCUCUCACUGUCUAUAACUCUCUCUGUGUCUCUCUCGCUGUCUAACUCUGCCUGGCAAAAAAUAAAAAAAAAGGAGAGUAUGAUAACAUUGUUGGUGUAAUCACACCGUUACCUCCUCUCAUCCAAGGUGUUCAAAGUCCAGAUGUUAUCCCACAGUGGGUACAAUACUCAUCCACUUUGCCAUCUGAACUACACAAAGGAUCUGUGCAGUCUUCAGAAUGAGCACGGAUUCCAUUGCAGUGACCCACCCCAGGCAAUCAGGAAGAUCUGAGUAUGUGGAGCCACUCACGUUGAUUGCCCAUACACCCCACUCUACCCUGUGCCCUCUCAUGUCUCAGAAUUCCUACAGUCUCAGCACUCCAGGCUUCCACAGUCAUAGGGUGCAGAGGAUCUGCUCUGCCCUGCUAUCCUAUUCUGACUACAGUGAGGUAGGGAUAUUCCCAGAGCCUUUGGGUACUCCACCUCGGCAGUUUGAGCCCUGGAGGCUGUAGUAUGUUGAGAGGCUCUAGGCACCUCGAAGUCCUACAUGGGUGCUUAGUCCCUGUCAAACCUUCCAGCCAGACUCAAAAUCAGUUAGCUAUGCAGAUUUUUUCCCUCUGCUAGAAUCUCUGGAUCACUUGCAUGCACAAGAGCCAACCGGAUUUUGCCAGGUGCAUGCACCCAAGCUGCUGCUGCCAGUAUUGCUAACAAGAGGGCAUCUUGUCCCAGCCAGUUGCUGGGUGUGUACACAAGAAUUCCUGCAGCUGUUGCUUAUGUCCAGAAUGGCGCCCACCUUCUCUCAGCCAGUUGUCAGGUACCAUUUUUGGGUGGGAUGGAGUGAGAAAAAGGUGUCCCUCUUUUUUACUGGGUCAGUGGGUAUCCUUUCCCCUUAGGGCUCCAGUUUGGACUUAUGCCACGCUCUUUCUCUGUAUCACCAGUGGCAUGGACUGCUGCAGUCUUAUCUUACCUCAAUGCUCCAAAGCUGACCCUUCCUCUGGCUUCUGACUGCUGGAGUCAUGUGUUGUGACUGUGUGCUGCUUCUCCACACCUUCUACAUUGGUCCAUGGUGUUCUUCUUCCUUCUGUAGAAUUUCUACUGUGGUUUUCUCUUUAACUGUCCCCUGAGAAUAUACUUCUUCCUCUUGAAUAUACUUCCUACACUUGUUUUUUUUUAAACUAUUUACCUGUAGCAUAUAGCAGUACACUCUUCCCUGUUCUGCCAUCUUGGAAUGACUCCUUGAAGCAUAGUUCAUUAUCUUUUGUCCAAGCAUUUUCAGUGUCUUGAAGGGAUUAUGCUAAGCUAGAUGCACAUUAGUUGAUAUCAGAAUUCUUCCUGAUUACCUUAAAAUGAAGUUGAAUAAAACACAAAUAAGAUGGUAUUUUAUAUAUGUUAUGAUAUUGCUGUUAUAAACACCAAUGGCAUGUUGUCUGCAUAAAAGUUAGUGCCCACACAAAUACGGUCAUGAGGUAAAAAGCGCAUGACUACAGUUUUCCCUUUUUCUCUAACUGCUUUAUAGCUUUAAGUAUAAAAAUAUAAUCUGUUGAGGCUAGUGUUGUGGCACAAAGGUUUAAGCUACUGCUUGGGAUAUCAGCAUCCCAUAUUAGAUUGCUGGUUCAAGUCCUGGCUAUUCAACUUCCCAUCCAGCUUACUACUAAUGUACUUGGGAGACAGCAGAUGAUGGUCUAAGUACUUGGUUUCCUGCCAUCCAUGUGGGAGGCCCAGAUGGAGUCCUUGGGUCAGCUGCAGCUGUUGGAAGCAUUUGGGGAGCAAACUAGUUAAUGGAAGAUCCUCUUCUGUGUCUCUAUUUGUCUGUCUCUCCCCUUUCUUUCUAUCGCUUAGUUCAAUAAAUGAAUAUUUUAUAAAGGAACCUUUGCUUGUAAAAUUCUCCUUAUAAACUACACCAUAAGUGAAAUUUUUUCUCAAGCCUAAUUUCUUAAUGUAUUUUAUAAGUGUGAUUAGAAAAAAUAUAGGAUGAAAUAUAUAAUAAUAAUAGGAUGAAAGGAUAUAAUUACAAAAAGUGCAUGCUGUAUGAGUGUCCUACUGAUGAUUACUAAGGAGAAUCACCAAAAGACACAUUUGAAAAUAGUGCUCAUGUUCUACUUUUCCCAAAUUCAGUUUUAGCAACAUUGAUUGAUUUCCAUCUCAAGCUGAUGGAAGCUUGGUCUUUUUGAAUCAUAGAAUGAGCUUUUCUGUUUGUGGGAGUAUUUGUGUUGGGGGAUCUGGAAGAGUUAAUUAUUUUUUGCUUUGCACCUGUGCUUUGUAAAAUAUGAUGUAAGAAGUAGUGCUUUGAAUUCAUUUUAACUGUAGGUUUCCUGUUUCCUCAGGAUGAGAAGUAGUUUCUUGUAAAUUCCUUCAUUUAGGCAGAUGGCAUCACAUCAAAACAUAAUUGGAUAAAAGCAAUUUUUUUGAGCAAAUUAAGUGCAGACAUUUCUCUGCAGGUCUUCUUAAAUCCAAGGGUGAAUAGUAGAGUAUUUAGGUCAGUGCUCUCUGGGUUCCCAGUGGGAAUUAGAGAGGAUGUUAGAGGUACUCCAGAAGAUGUGCAAGGAAAUCCACUGAAUGGCGAGUUUUGCUAAUAAUUUUGUAGCCAAUUUGUCAGAAGAGUACUAGUUUUACAUGUUUUUCAUUUAUUUUGAGAACAGAAUAGGAUCUUUCUGGUUUGUUAAUUUACAGUGUAUUUCAACACAUUGCAGUUUACAUGUACCUAGCUAAGUAGAUUUAAAUUUAAUGGGAUUUUUGAACAGAAAUUGGAUUAUAUAUAGUACUAAUAAUACCAGUAAAAAGAAUUAAUAAUAUUGCAAAUUGAUGGUUUAUCUUUAGUAUUAACUUUUUGUGAACCAUAUAAUGAGAAAAAAUAAUCUGAUUUUGUCUGAAUUAUCAAAAACACUUUGACAUUUGGGUUUACAUAUGUUGUCUUUAAUAAUGAGUCUUACUGGAAGUUUAUAUAAUGCCCAGAGCAUAAUUAUUGCCUUAAAAAUAGAAGCAAAACUGUUGUACAAAUAAAAUAAAAGUCUAAAAUGUUACUUAUUUGACUUUUAGUUGAUUAAUUUGAAAUUUCUUUUUUGGUCUUUUUAUUUAAAUUUAUUCAUUUAUUUACAUAAGAAGAACAGAUAGCAUGUAUUUCAUAUGUACAGUUUUAAGAAUAUAAAUGAUAUUUCCCACCUGCUCUCCCCUUUCCUCUCCCCUCCUUACUAUUUUUCUUUUAAUUUUUGUAAUGAAAUAUUUUCAGUUUACUUUAUAAUCAUAAGCUUAAUCCUCCAUUAAAUAAAUAAUUCAGCAAGUAGAAAGACCAGUGUUCCUCAGGAGUAAUAGACAAGGGCUUUAAAUAAUAACCAAAUUUCAAGAUGUUUUUUUAUCUGUUUUAUAAUGUAACUAAAUUGACUAGUACUGCCAUGUGUGUAUGUGUAAUCUAUGUGUAUAUGUGUAAUUGCGUAUGCAUGAAUGAUAUGUGCUCAGAAUAUUCUACUGGUAGGUGUAUGCAAUCCAAAAAAUCUGGAGACCAACAGCCUACAGAGUCCUUUCUUCCUCAAAGCAGCAUAGGAGUGCAUGUAAGCAGGAUUUUUGAGAUUCAACAAACCCAUAUUUGGGUCUUAAAAAUUCCAUGUGCCAGUUAUGUGGACAUUGUGAAAAAUCCAUCUCAUUUUUAUUUGUGAAAUGGGAAAAUAAUAUGGUAGAUUUAUCAAGAUUAGAUUAACCAAGUGCUUAGUAAAAUGCCAUGCACUCAAUGAAUAGUAGCUAAUGUUAAUAGUAUCAUAUUAUAUUUAUUAAUAAAGAGAUUGGCCAUCCUUUGGGGAAUCUUUGAAAAUUUAGCUCAUGUCUCAUAUAGUGUCUCAAUGCAAUAAAAAAAAGCUAAUUGGAUUCUACAAGGAGUAACUCCUUAAGUUUGAGCGUUGUCAGAAGUAAUUAUUUCCAUGCAUUCUAGUGUGUGUGUGUGUGUGUUUGUGUGUAAGGGUAAGGUCUAGGAGGAACUUGAGUUUAUAGAAAUCAUAUGAGCAUGAACAUGGGAACAUCCUUGUCACACUUCUUCUCUAAAGCAGUUCCAGUCUCUAUUAGAGAUCUAAAGGGAAGUACUGCAACUAUUCUUCAAUUUCUUUAUAGUUUUUUGUCUGUUUCCUUUAAAUGUAAUGGCUUUAGCUGUUGUGUUACUUGUUUUUUUCUUAGUAUUAAGAAAAUGUAUGGAGAGAUUCCAAGGUAGUGGAAUAAGGAGGGCGCUUACUGCUCUAGUCCAGGGGAAGAUUGUUAAAAAAAAAAAAAAGUGGAGAGAGUGCAAUCUCAGGGAAGAGUUAGGGAGAAAACUGCAGAGGAAACUCCAUGCAAGUUGGAGGGACACUGUGGAUCUACACAGAAGGUGUGGAUGUGUAGCAUGAACAUGAACACAACACAGAACCCCAGCAACCGAGAACCUCAAUACCAGCUUUGGAGAGUGAGGGCAGACAGGCUGCAGUAGCCCAAGCCAUUUGUGAUAAGGCUGCAGGAAGAACCUGUUGUGACUCCAACUUGAGCCCUGUGGCAGACAGUGUACUUGACAACCUAGACUGUUGUGGCCAGUUGGGGAGUGUACUAGUGAGUGACAGACCUCUCUCUCUCUCUGUGUGUAUGUGUCUCCUUCUCUCUCUGUGUAACUCUGCCUUUCAAACAAAUAAAUAAAUCUUUAAAAAAAAAUGGGGGCCAACACUGUGGCCCAGUGGGUUAAUGCCCUGGCCUGAAGCGCCAAGCGCCGGCAUCCCAUAUGGGUACCAGUUCUAGUCCCGGCUGCUCCUCUUCCAAUCCAGCUCUCUAUUAUGGCCUGGGAAAGCAGUAAAAGAUGGCCCAAGUCCUUAGGCCCCUGACCAGCGUGGGAGACCCAGAAGAAGCUCCUGGCUCCUGGCUUUGGAUCAGUGCAGCUCUGGCCAUUGCAGCCAACUGGGGAGUGAACCAGAGGAUAGAAGACCUUCUCUCUCUCUUACUCUCCUCUCUCUGUGUAACUCUUAUUUUCAAAUAAAUAAAUUAAUUAAAAAAAGAAAUGAAGAAUUCAAUAGAUCAAAAAAAAAAAUACAGUGGAAAGCCUUAACAACAGACUCAGUGAGACAGAAGAAAGAAUAUCCAAGUUAGAAGACAAAUCUCUGGAAAUUUUACAGUCAGACCAAAAUAAAAAAAAAAGAAAAUAUAAAACUUAAAAACAGCAUUGGAGAUUUAUGAGAUACUAUCAAACAAUCCAAAAUCUGGAUUUUAGGAGUUCCUGAAGGUGUGGAAAAAGAGAAUGCAUUAAAAGGCUUUUUUGAAAUAGACAUUUGUGAAUUAAUUACAGAAAACUUCCUUAUUUUUGGGGAAGGAAAGGGAUGUCAAGUACAGGAAGCACACAAAAUUCCCAAUAGACAUGACCAGAAAACAUCUUUACCCCACUGCACAUUGUAGUCAAACUUUCCACAGUAAAACAUAAAAAAAGAUUCCAAAUGCACUGAGAGAAAUGCCAGGUUACUUUGAGAGGAACUGCAAUUAGACUCACAGCUGCCUUCUUAACAGAAACCCUACAGGGUAAAAGAGAAUGUCAAGAUACAGUCCAAAUCUUAUGAGAAGAAAAAAUCAACCCAGAAUACAGUGCCUUCCAAAGCUCUCAUUUAUGAAUGAAGGUGAGAUAAAGAUCUCCCAUAGCAAACAGAAAGUGAAAGAAUUUGUUAGCACUUGUGCAGCCUUAAGGAUGUGCUACACAUGGAAACACAGAAACAUGGUCAUCACUGUGCAAGAAGAUGAAGGCAGAAAAACACCCAGUAAAAAUGCAAAGGAAAUCCAAAGUAAACAAUAAGAAUAUUUACGGAAAAUAACAGGGCAAUUAAUUGCUUAUUAAUAGUCACCUUGAGGGGCUGGCACUGUGGCAUAGAGGGUAAAUCCGCUGCCUGCAGUGCUUGCAUCCCAUAUGGGCACCAGUUUGUAUCCCAGAUGCUCCACUUCUGAUCCAGCUCUCUGCAAUGGCCUGGGAAAGCAGUAGAAAAUGGCCCAAGUCCUUGGGCCCCUGCACCUGCAUGGGAGACCUGGAAGAAGCUCCUGGCUCCUGGCUUCGGAUCGGCACAGCUCUGGCCCUUUCAGCCAACUGGGGAGUGAACCAUCGGAUGGAAGACUCUCUCUCUCUCUGCCUCUCCUUCUCUCUCUGUGUAGCUCUGAGUUUCAAAUAAAUAAAUAAAUUAAAAACAGUCACCUUGAAUGUAAAUGGCCUUAACUCUCCCCUUAAAAGAUACAGACUGGCUGAAUGAAUUAAAAACCAAGACAUCUAUUUGCUGCCUACAAGAAACAUAUCUCAUUAACAGUGCACAGAGACCAAAAGCGAAAGGAUAGAAAAAGAUAUUCCAUGCUAACAGAAACCCAAAAAGAGCUGAUGUAGCCAUCCUGAUAUCAGAAAAAAUAGACUUUAACACAAAAACUAUUAAAAGAGACAAAGAAGGGGACUAUAUAAUGAUUAAGGGAUCAACUCAACAGGAAGUUAGGACUAUAAUAAUUGUAUAUGCACCCAAUGCUAGGGCACCUGGCUAUUUAAAAGAGAUGUUAAUAGGGCUGAACUACUGACCAUUAAGAUUUAGGAUAAAGUAUCUGUAAUCAAGAUGUGUGGUAUUGGCCGGUGCCACAGCUCACUUGGCUAAUCCUCUGCCUGUGGCACCAGCACUCCGGAUUCUAGUCCUGGUUGGGGUGCUGGAUUCUGUCCCGGUUGCUCCUCUUCCAGUCCAGCUCUCUGCUGUGGCCUGGGAGGGCAGUGGAGGAUGGCCCAAGUGCUGGGCCCUGCACUCGCAUGGGAGACCAGGAGAAGCACCUGGCUCCUGGCUUCAGAUCGGUGCAGCGCCGGCUGUAGUGGCCAUUUUGGGGGUGAACCAAUGGAAGGAAGACCUUUCUCUCUGUCUCUCUCUCUCUCAUUGUCCACUCUACCUGUCAAAAAAAAGAUGUGUGGUUUUAGUGAAAGAAAGACAGUUGGACAGAGCAGAACAGAAUAUAGAGCCCAGAAGUAGAUCCACAAAUUUAUUGAUCUUCAACAAAGGAGCCAAGGCAACUUGGUGGAGAAAAGAUGCUGGGAAAUGGUUGUUGAACAACUGUACAUCCACAUACAGAAAUAUAAUGAAUAUAGAAAGGUAUCCUAUGUCUUUCAUAAAAAUGAAAUAAAUAAGGAUCAUGGGCCUAAAUGUAAAAUGUUAAGGUGUAAAAUUUCUAAAAUAUAAGAUAAAAAUAUAUAACAUAGGAGAAAAUCCAGGCAACUUGAGUUUAUUGUUUGUCAGGUGCAUGAUCCAUGAGAGAAAAAAAUGAAGAAGUUUUGGGACUUCUUUAAAAUUAAAUUAUUCUCUGAAAAAGACACUUUUUUUUAUUUGACAGAGUUAGACAGUGUGAGAGAGAGACAGAGAAAGGUCUUCCUUCUGUUGGUUCACCCCCCAAAUGGCUGUUGCGGCUGGAGCUAUGCCAGUCCGAAGCCAGGAGCCAGGUGCUUCCUCCUGGUCUCCUAUGUGGGUGCAGGGGCCCAAGCACUUGGGCCAUCCUCCACUGCCUUCCUGGGCCACAGAAGGGAGCUGGACUGGAAGAGGAGCAACCGGGACUAGAACAGGUGCUCAUAUGGGAUGCCAGUGCCACAGGCGGAGGAUUAACCGAGUGAGCCAAGUGAGCCAUGGUGCCGGCCCCAAAAAGACACUGUUAAUAGAAUGAUUAGCUAGGUACAGAAAUACUUUGAACUCUUAAUUAUUUUAAUUUAGAAUAAAAUAAAAUUAUGUUUAAUUUGUUCAGAAAUGAGGCUGACUAUAAGGCUGCUUUGUGUCGUCAUAAACAAUACAUGGGCAAUUGCUUUAUUCAAGUUCAUCCAAUUACUAAGAAAGGUAUGCUAGAAAAGAUAGAUAUGAUUCGAAAAAGACUGCAGAACUUCAUCUAUGACCAGAGGGAAAUGAUGUUAAAUCCGGAGGGAGAUGUCAACUCUGCCAAAGUUUGUGCUCACAUAACAAAUAUUCCAUUCAGCAUUAUCAAGAUGGAUGUUCUUCAGUUCCUAGAAGGAAUUCCAGUGGAUGAGAAUGCUGUACAUGUUCUUGUUGAUAACAAUGGGCAAGGUCUAGGACAGGCAUUGGUUCAAUUUAAAAAUGAAGAUGAUGCAUGUAAGUCUGAACACUUACACCAUAAAAAACUUAAUGGGAGAGAAGCUUUUGUUCAUGUAGUUUCCCUAGAAGAUAUGAGAGAAAUUGAGAAAAAUCCCCACCAAGGAAAAAAGGGGUUAAAGGUGCCUGUGCCAGGUAAUCCUGCAGUACCAGGAUUGCCCAGUGCAGGAAUGCCCAGUGCAGGAAUGCCCAGUGCGGGAAUGCCUGGUGCGGGAAUGCCUGGCGUGGGAAUGUCCAGUACGGCACUACCCGGCGCAGGAAUGCCUGGUGCGGUAAUGCCUGGUUCAGGAGUGCCCAGUGGAGGAUUGCCCAGUGCAGGAAUGCCUAGUACAGGAUGUAAAGAGCAUCCCUUCUUGACUGUAGGAUCAAAGGAGGCCAACAAUGGGCCUCCAUUUAACUUUCCUGGUAAUUUUGCUGGGUCGAAUACCUUUGGGCCACCACUCCCUCCUCCAGGAUUAGGAGGGGCCUUUGGUGAUGGUAGGCCUGGUAUGCCUUCAGUUGGAAGCAGUGGUUUGCCUGGUCUAGGAUUGGAUGUUCCCGGUUUUGGAGGCGGACCAAAUAAUUUAAGUGGGCCUUCAGGAUUUGGAGGGGGUCCUCAGAAUUUUGGAAAUGGCCCUGGUAGUUUAGGUGGCCCUCCUGGCUUUGGAAGUGGCCCUCCUGGUCUUGGAAGUGCCCCUGGGCAUUUGAGCAGGCCACCAGCCUUUGGGCCUGGGCCCGGGCCUGGGCCUGGCCCAGUCCAUACUGGUGGUCCCCCUGAGUUUGGAUCUAGUUCUGGAAAACCAGGACCUACAGUAAUUAAAGUGCAGAACAUGCCCUUCACUGUGUCUAUUGAUGAGAUUUUAGAUUUCUUUUAUGGCUAUCAGGUAAUCCCAGGCUCAGUGUGUUUAAAAUACAAUGAAAAAGGUAUGCCCACGGUUUAGGCCAUGAUGGCUUUUGAAUCUCGAGAUGAAGCCACAGCUGCUGUCAUUGACCUAAAUGACAGAUCUAUAGGCUCGAGAAAAGUAAAACUUAUAUUAGGAUAGCCGUUCACAUCAGCUCUUUAUAGGGUAGAUCUUCAUAUUGCUGUGACUAAUGCAUCCAGAUUGUUUUCCUAGUAUUUCCAGGUUAGAACCUGUGGAUUAUUUCAAUUGCAUAUAGAUUGGUUUCCAUAACAUAGAGCAUUGUUGACUGUUUACAGAAGACUCAUGAUCGGGAUAAACAUUGCUGUAUGUUACUGUAAAGCUCUCUGGAGAGAACAAAAAAUGAUUCUGACAUACCAUUAGAGAAACCAUUUGUAAAACUCAAGCUACCACAUAAGCUUAUCAAGGAGUCUAGAUUGGCUUUGUUUUACACCAUAUGGGAUGAAGAAAAUAGAAAUGUCAGUAGAGCUGUUUGAGGGUGCUCUUGCCAGCUGCGGAAAAAUAAGUUGGCUACUCUUGGAAUUUGGUUUAAAGCUGGACAGAUUUGCCUUGUAGGUUCAAAGUUUUGUCUAAAGUCCUCAUUUUCUUUAAAACCAAAUAAAAUCUCUGAAUACAGAAAAAAAAAGAAAUUCUCUUCCCCUUUUCUCUACAUAUGCUGUAGUAUGUAUUUCAAAAGUGAAGUUGCUGAUUCUUUCCACACUAGUAAUGGUUUACAGAAGAAAAGGUGACUAAUGAUUUGAUGCUUUUGUGAAUCUUUUUGGUAAUUUCAGUAGGAUUUUUGGGUUUUCUAACUUGAAUUAAGAGAGAUAGAAUUAAAGUAGCAUUUUUUUCUGUCAUCAGAUCAUUAGUGUAAUUUUGUAUAAUAAUGACCUUUUUUCAAGUGAAAAUUUUCAUUUAUCCUGAGCAUAUUUCCCCAGAAUUACCAUUUUCUCACUCCAUUUGUGAAAAUUAGACUUUAUACAUCUUUGUAUAGUGGAGCAUUACUUCUCCAUUAAUCUCACCCUUUUUCCAGAGCAUUGAAGUCAUACUUUAUAUUAGGACCAAGAAGAAUUCUCAUCGUUCUAUUUUCCUAAAGCAGCAAGGACAUAUUAUACCUUUCAAGGAUGGAAUUUUAUACAUACUUUUAGGAGCAGUUUCCACAUUUGUGCUGUGGCUACCACUCCAGUCUCUUCAGAGAGUAUUUAGGGCUGAAGAGUUAACCAGGAGCUGAGAAUACAAUUUUGUUUUUGAGUGGUUAAAAAAAAAAAAAGAAAAAACCAAACUAACAUCCUUGUGUUUAGUUAGGUAAGUAUUAUGAUAUUUAAAAGACAUUUGCUAAUGAUACAGACUUUUUUUUUGCUGGAAUGUGAUUUGUGGAGAACUGAUUGAUCUGCCUGCGUUAAAGAUUUUUUUAUUUAAGGGUCGGUGCUGUGGUGUAGCAGGUAAUGCUGCCAUUGGCAGUACCAGUAUCCCAUAUGGACACCGGUUCAUGUCCUGGCUGCUCCACUUCUGAUCCAACUAGCUUCUGGUGUGGCUGGGAAAGCAACAGAGGAUGGCCCAAGUGCUUGGGUCCCUGUACCCACAUGGGAGACCUGAAAGAAGCUCCUGUCUCCUCACUUCCAUCAGGCCUAGUUCUAGCUGUUGCGGCCAUUGGGGACUGAACCAAUCUUUCUGUCUCUCCCUGUCCCUCUCUAUAACUCUGCAUCAGGAAUGAAUGAAUGAAUAAGUAAAUAAAUAAAUCUUUAAAAAGAAGAUUUUUUUAUUUAUAUUACUCUUUCCCUUCUCAAUCACUGACUCCAAGCCUGUAUUUCUUGAUCCUCCAUAUGAGCAGACUCAGAAAACCUGAUUUUCAUGAGAACUCACAUAAUCAACCAGUUUCAUGUUCAAUAAUGAUGUUUACUACUUUAAUUUCUUCCAACAUUUUUGUUGUAUAUGUGACAGUUUCAAAAUUAUUUUUCAUGAGCUGAAAUACCUAACACAGUGUAUGAAGAAAUUUUCUUCAUGUAAUAUUCAACCUGUUUGUGAAAGGGGAAAAUUGAAUAGAACAGGGUCUACAUUGGUUAUACAGCCAGAACUCAUUUUGGAGUGUUUGGUAGGUAUUGAAUGUUGCCACUUUUGUUCUUGAGAAGAACAUUUUUCUUGAGAAGAAGAGGGAAUAAAGAGAACUCCAUCCAGCGCAAGAGUUUCCUGUUUAGCAUUAUCAUCCCAUUAUUGGAGUCACCCUGUUUUAGCUGGGAAAUAAUCUGUUCUACCCUCAGGGACUUGUUUGCCUUGCUGAAGUCAUAAUUUCAGCAUUUAGUACUCCAGGCAAGGAUUCCAAGUAACUCAUAAAAAGCUAACCAGAUAAAAAAUUUCCAAAUUAGAUAAUUUUUUGGCUGCAAGGGUUAUUAGAAUUUAAUUCUAACCCUGUCACGUUAAAGGGAGUUAAACUGAGGCUACUUGUUCAUACAGUUGCCUAUGUGGGAAUAAAUCCAAACUUUGGAUUCUUGAGUUCAUUGUUCUUCCCACUACUGUAAAAUGAUUUCUGUCCUGGAAAUGUAAUAAUGUUUUGCCUAACUGAAAAAGAAUUAUGCAAGUAUAUAAUUAAAGACUUAGUUCAGGGGUUGGCGCUGUGGCUCACUUGGUUAAUCCUCUGCCUGCAGCGCCAGCAUCCCAUAUGGGCGCCAGGUUCUAGUCCCAGUUACUCCUCUUCCAGUCCAGCUCUCUGCUGUGGCCAAGGAAGGCAGUGGACAAGUGCUUGGGCCCCUGCACCCGCAUGGGAGACCAGGAGGAAGCACCUGGCUCCUGGCUUUGGAUCAGCAUAGCUCCGGCCUAACAGCCAUUUGGGGGGUGAACCAAUGGAAGGAAGACCUUUCUCUCUGUCUCUCUCUCUCUAUCUGUCAAAAUAAAAGAAAGAAGACUUAGUUCAUAUAUAUGUAUAUGUAUAUCUGUGUGUACAUAUAUUGUUUGAAGGUCUGCUCUUUUAAUGCAGAAAUAGCAACCCAUUCAGCCAUAGAUGAGUCUAUGUAACUAACAAACAUAUCCAUGACCACACAUGAAGGAUAGUGCUUUACUUUUAUUAUGGUAGCAAAUAGGGAAGGAUUUUACUAAGUGCAUAUUUUACCUGAGUCUUGAAGGAAUAAUAUGAAGAUUUAAGAUGUCUGAGAGGAUCUAGUUUAAUUUUAUUGCAAAUGGGAUAUAAACUUAACUCUUUAUAUCCUUCUGCCAUUUUCAAGUCCCUGUAGUUAAAGCAUCAUGGGAAAAUCUAAUUUAAGAAACCACAUCACACUAAGAGGACUGACACUACUUAGAUAAAUCUAAGAAUAUGUUUUAUCAGUUUUUCAGUCUUUUAUAUUUAAUUUUGGUGGCUAGAUGGUAGUUGCAACUGUGAUCUUUUUUAGAAUAAUGAUUAGACUUUAGGAAUGUUGGAUAAUGAACAGAAAAAUAUCCCUUUGUCAUAUGAUUGUCAUCUUUAAUAGAAUUGUUUAGGAGAUAAUAUAAAUUAACUAUUAAAUUUCCUAUUGAGAAAUUGGAAAACAUUUCUAAAUUACUAUUAGGGGCAUACUGUGUUACUAAAAUCAACUCAUUUUUGGUGUGUGUUCUCUAAACAGUGUCUUCUCUAUGUCUUACUAUAGGUUGCCACAGGUCACUUUUAAUGCCUUCUCUCUUUAGUUUAUGACUAUUAGUUUGAAGUCAAUACUUAGUUGAAAUACUGUUAUACUAUCUGUCAGGUCAUGAUAUGCUUUCAGCAGGCAAACACUCCAGCACAAGUCAGUUUCAGACUGCCUAGUUUCUUGUCAUUGUAUUUGAUUUCAGUUGCUUGCUUUCUAGCAGCUCAAAAUGACAAUUAUCUUCUUUUAACUCUGCUGUAGCUAUUAUCUGUAUUUGAAGAGAAGGCACGGGAUGUCACCUGUUUCAACUGUUUUUAUUUCCUUCAUCUUGCAAGAAACAGCCUGUUUUAUUUUACAGGAGUUAGUUCUGUAUUUUUAUACCAUGUUUAAAAAAGCAAAAUAGAUUUAAGCUGCGAUAAGCUGUUUGCACCUAUUUCUGUUUUGCUUCUCAAUAGAAUAUUAAUAUUCACAGAAAACUAACAGGAUGCCUUCCUAGAAUGAUGAACAGGAAAUACAUAGUGUUCACUUUAUUUCCUUUCUUCAUUCCAAGAAAAAUAUGCUAAAGGAGCAAAUUCCUGAGGGGUACAUGUUGAAUGUCAAUCUAGAAGCUCAUAAGCUUCCAUAAAAAUUCCAGUAAUUAUGCUGUUGGUAUUUUGAGUACUGUUUAAUAAACCAAGCAUUUAUUAACUGAAAAUCAAAUGUAUAAAUGGUACAUUACUAGGUGCCAUGGAUAAAAAUAAAUUAAAUAUAUGUUCUUAAUUUCCAGGGUAGCUUACAUAAACUAUGUUAAAUAGUGAUUUAAAAUGCAUGUCAAUAUAAAAAUAACAUUUAGAGUUACAAAAUUAAUAGGAAAAUGUAAAAUUAAGUUGUUAUAAUUUAUGCUUAGUGUUGAUUGAGGUAGAGGAGGGCAUGAGUUUUUAAGGAAAUGUGUCUAUAUAGAGUGCAUUCAUUCACAUUCCAAAUUAGAAUGGGAAUAUGGAGAUAAAUUGUUAAGAAAUGAUAAAGAGUUAGAAAACCAAUGGCAGGAAAAAACUUAAAAUAUAAGACUAGAAACUGAUUAUGGGCAGGAAUUGUGAUCCAGCAAGUUCAGCUACUUUUUAGGAUACCUGCAUCCUAUUUUGGAGUUGCUGGUUCUUAGUCCCAGCUAUCCGUGCUGGUGUGCCCCGGGAAACAGACAGCAGAUGAUGGCCCAAGUACUUGGGAUCCUGCCACCCUUGUGGGAUUCCCAGAUUGAGUUCUUGGCUCUUUGCUCAGGCCUGACUAAGCCCCAGCUGUUGCAGGCAUUUGGGGAGCAAACGAGGGGAUGGAAGAUUCUCUCUCCCUCUCCUCUCCUCCCCAUCUACUCUGUCUUUCCAUAAGAAAUAAGAU